AUGGAGGCCUAUUUGGCGUCGACGUUUUCGGCGGUGAAACAGGCGAACGCUCUGAUUAGAGACACAACGACCUCGAACGACGUGUCAAUCGACAUUGGGCCUGCUUCGAGACGGCUCACUUAUGAUAUAGAGGCCGUGGAAAAAGAAAUCUCAGCACUGGUAGCUGCUCAUCCGGACGAGCUGGUCGCUCAUGCCGAAGCCAUUGAAGACGUGGCGGAAAUGACGAAUAAAAUGACUCCUGAACUACACAAUGUUUCGAAUGCCUACUCGAAGCUAGAAAAGGACUUUGUCGUUCCCUUUGAACAGGCCCGGGAUGCCCACAAAGCCGCUAUCAAGCUCGAGCAGAUGGCCGGACUGGCCCGCGCGCUAGCAUGGUACCUUCAUCUAGCAAAGCAGAUUGAGGCUGGUCAAGAAGAGCGUGCCUCGCUCGACACUGUUGUUCAAGCUGCCAAAUGCUACCCCCAGAUCAAGCAGUUGAUCGAACAAACCCCGAGCCUGGCCGGACUGGCUGUGGUGCGACAACUCGAGCCGACGCUGGCGCCGGCAAAACAGCGACUGGAGACAGUGGCUACGGCUGCUGUGCGCGAGGGUAUCGAUAAACGUCGUUUGUACAGUGGCCUCACUGCUUUGGAGGCUUUGGACGUGGACAUUUCUACGACAGUUGACACCAUGCUGAAGGCUCACAUUGGAACAUCGGUCUUACAACUUUCGCGAUCGUCAAGCACCAGCUCGGAAGCAUUCAACGAUGCAGUUGCCGAAACAAAGAGACGAGCCAAGACGUUAGGUCUAAUUGAGGGCAUUCUAGCCGAUUUGAACCACCCGACCACUCCGCUAGUCGAUUACUUUUGGACUCAGGUUGCAAAAAAUAUGGACGUGAAGCUGAAAACUAUGUCUGUGGCGAAUCAGGCUGCCAUAAGGUCUAUGAAUGUACAAAAGAACCGGUUUCUUAAAACCCUGGAUUCGGUCCCGCCGCUCCAGGCCGUGUUUGAGAAAUACAUUACCGGCGGUUGA